CACGAACUGAGGAGGAAGAACGAAGAACAGGAGCACGUUCAUGUUGAAAGCAUGAGGUGGCUCUUAAGCAGCAGUUGGAAGAAAUUUGGACAUGCCGACCGGGGAAGCUAUGACUGGUUAACAAGUGAACCAGGUGUGCCAUUGCUGGAAACACAGCUACAGAGUCAGCAUAAAGUAAGCUCAGCCAAAGAAGACAUAGAACCAUUCUUAUGCAUCAUCCUGCCUGCUACCAUGAUGCUCUUCUUGGCAUUCCUGUUGCUCUUCCUCUACAGACGUUGUCAACGUCGCAGCCCUCAGGCUCAGAUCUUCAGCAUUGACCUCCCAGAGUCCCUUCCUGAGCACGAAGUGACUGAUUUCCUGUCAGUGCUGCCCUGGAGCAGCGAACAGAACUUUCACUAUUCCACUCUCCUGCCUGAAACCACCUUUCUCACCUUAUGCUUGCCUCCAUCCUAUGAGGAGGCCACCAUGAAAGCCUCCACGGAAGGGGAUCACAUUCAGCUCUUUCAGGAUCCAGUGCCUCCUUACGAAGAGAACAAACCACAGUAAAGCCAAGGGGGAAAAACGUUCGGUUGAGGUUCCCACCCUGUUGUGAAUUUAAAACAAGACAAACUCUAAACGAGUGAACAGCCACAAGCACAAAUGAGCUUCAGAUGAUCAGUAUGUUUAAUCAUGGCAUUUUAAAGUGGCAUUGAAAAUAAAACAACUCCACCAUAUUACGUGUAGGAUGGAGAUAAAUAUAAAAAAUAACGCUGCACCUCAGAGUUUUCUUAAGCAUGAUUAUAGGAGAUGGCUGGAUCUGAGUUAUUUGGAUCAUUGUGAGCUAUGAUGAAGAGCAACUAUACUGGAAAUAUUUCA